CCUAUUGGUUAGUUUCUGUUUUGAUAAUAGACGGACACGUCAAAACUAGGAAGAAAAACGUUUCAAGUCGAUUUUUCAGUGGAAAAAGUAUUACCAACGAGUUUUCAACAUGCAGGGACUGUAUAGUAUGAGAAGUCCGGCUGUGAAAAGGCUGAUGAAGGAAGCACAUGAACUAAGAGAGCCAACAGAACAGUUUGCAUGUUCCCCCUUGGAGGACAACCUAUUUGAGUGGCACUUCACCAUCCGAGGUCCGGCAGACUCUGAGUUUGAGGGCGGUCUGUACCAUGGCAGGAUCAUACUGCCACCAGAGUACCCCAUGAAGCCCCCCAGCAUUAUCAUCAUGACGCCCAAUGGUCGGUUUGAAAUCAACAAGAAGAUCUGUUUGAGCAUAUCUGGACACCACCCUGAAUCUUGGCAGCCAUCUUGGUCAUUACGUACAGCAAUGCUUGCCAUUAUUGGCUUCAUGCCAACCCAUGGGGCAGGUGCACUUGGUUCCCUUGACUACAGCCCUGAUGAACGCAAGGCUCUCGCUAAGAGAUCACAAGACUACAAGUGCCCUACAUGCGGCUGCAUCAACAACAUCCUGAAGCCAGUCACAGAGGAGUCCAAGAAGACCACGCAGGAGGCACGGGAGCUAGCGGCUCAGAUAGAUUUUAAGGAUGAAAAGGAGAAGAAUGCAGCAUUACAAUCAUCUAGAGCACAAUGUAAUGCAACAGACAACAGCACUGCAGACAACACAGACAUGAAUGCUGCAUCAGCCUCCUACAAUGACGCAGCACAAGCUCAGCAGUUACCCCCUCAAUUUCCCCCACCAUUUGGUCAGUUCCCUUUCGGCAUGCCGUUUCCACCUCCUCCCUUCAUGUUUCAGCAAAUGAUGGCCCAGAAUUUACCAGGCAGCACAAACCUGUCCCAAGUGCCCCGAUUUCCCUUGCCAUUUGCUUCCCCUUUCUUUCCCCCAGUUCAGCCCUCCAUGAUGGCUCCUGGGACAUUUUCCUAUCCCAUGAUGCCUGGCAUGCAGGUGCCCCCAUGGCAACAUGGAGUGCCUUCUCCACCUCCAAGUGGAGAGCAGUUAGGAGAGGUAACCAGUCAAAGAAACACAAGGGAAGUAAACACCGUAACACCAACAGAAGAGCAGAGUACAGCCGGUCAGAUAUCGUCUGCAGAAAAUAAUGAAAGUAACACAACAGAGACACAGAAUUCGACACAGUCUGCCCAGGAAACAAACAGCAAUUCACCAAGAUCUGCACACCAGUCUGGCUUACGUCAUAGGAACACAGCCAGACAGAGGUCUGCAGACCAUACAUCAGCCGAGAUUCAGGCCGGGCCACGAAGGCGGACCUACACCAGCAGUCGGUCAGGUGACGUUGCUCUCUUGACAUUCUGUUUAUUUGUGAUUGCUGUGAUUUUUCUCCUGUUGUUAAGAAGGUUGCAGAUGAUGAAUAUAAUCACCAUUUGGUGAUUACUGUGAAACCAAUACUAGUAUUCAGUCACUAUGGUAAUUUUUGUGGGUAAUCUCAAACACAGAUUCAAAUGUCCUAUGACUUUUCAAGUCUGAAAUCUUAUGUCAGACACACACAAAAAUAACAAAUUUAAAAUAAAUCAAAUGCCAGAUUUAAUAAUCUACGAAAUUUUCUUUCAACAAAAAAUAUGACUCUAUAGUAUUGGAAUGAUCCAUAUAGAACUUAAUCCUACUUAUAAGGCUGAAGAAUAUGUUUACCAGAAAAAUUAACUUAAAGGGGCUUCCAAAAGUUAUUGACAGCUUGAAAUUACAGCUGAUUAGCAGGGACAGUUAAUGCCUUAAUAAUUAAAAAAUAUCUAUUGAAUGUAAUCCAUUGGGUGAUGGAGAUGUGUUGAUUUUUUAUUUCAGCGAAAUAUUAUUUUCAAUGUGUAUGAAUGUGAUUAUUUGGAAUCAAGUCAUUUAUUCAUUUCAUAAACUGUGAGCCCCAUCUUUGCAAGGCAAUUAAAAAGAAAUAAUAUUCCAUAAGUUGUUUGUUUUUUAAUUAACUUCACAUAAAAUGCAAUCUUCUGGCUGGUGAUAUGUUAUUGAUAUUUAUUGUUGCGAACAAGUGUUAUCAGUACGAAGUGUUUUAUUUUAAUAUUGCUGUUUUAUGUCUUGUGAAUAGUAUUCAUUCAGUAUAAUAAUUCAGUAGUAUGGCUUUACAGUGGAGAAUCUUUUUGUUUGCAUGAGUUCUGAUUGGUUGUAUGGCACAAAUUGACAAGUUCAUUGCUUGAUGUUUUCCACUGUCUGCAUGUAUCAUAUGCCUCUCUACAAUAAAAAUCAAUCCCAAUUAUUAUUACGGUAAAAAAACAAUGCUUUUAUUUGAAAUGGGUUCAUUUAAACAAAAAACACAUUCAUAAUGUGAAAAGAUGCACAAGAAUACAUCAAAUUGACAUCUGCAGAUACACUGUAUAAACAUCUUUUCUGCCCUUAUGGCAAAGAUGUGUGCAUUGUGUUAUUCAUGUAUAUCUGACAAGUGUAAACAAAAAAUCAUGUUAUUUUGUGGUGGUGUACAUUUUACAUGUUUUGAUUGCCAUAAUUCAAGUUGCCUUUAUAGUUAUAGGUUAUAGUCUGUCGAUAUAAAGUUGCCUUUUGUUGGUAUAGGUUAUAGUAUGUGCAUAUUAAGUAUAUAGAAAGACCAGUACUCGUAUGAUAUUACUUGCAUUGUUUUUCUGUAUGCAUACCUAUACCAAGUCAAGUUUAAAAAAAAUAUUUGAUUUGCAAUAUUAUUUAAAAGAAGACAGAAAUAAUGUUUUAAUGCAGUUAAUGACUGCAAACAUGUUUUUCUGUUACAAUAUCCAUAGAGUUACAGGUACAUACUGGUAUGGUUAUUUGUUGAUGAUGGUCAUGAAAUCCACAAUAAACUUCUGAAUUGUU